CGCGCGUGACCGAGCCAAGCGAGAUAGUUUAGCUCGUGAAAAGGAAUAAUAUAUAGAUAACAAAAGGAAACGCUGUAUAUUACAUUGACUAAAUAGUAUUAUCCAACACUCUUGAAUUUUUUAUAUUUGCUAAUAAUUUGUCUUCGAGCAUACGUACCCGACCGUGAUUCCACGUUGACACGUUCACGUGCCAGCUUGUGUGAGUUGAGAAAAAUAUGGCUUCGAAGGAAAGUAACCUUCCUGCAUUGUACGCAGAAUUAAGCAAAUUGGGGCAAAUCGCGGACUACGAGAGGGCUUUAAAAGUUGCAAAUAGAAUUUUAUCCAUCUCUCAGGAUGAAGGUGUGGCGUUUCAAUGCAAGAUCAUUUGCCUCAUCCAUUUGUCCAAGUUUAAUGAGGCGCUACAAACUAUUGAAAAAUCUCCCAAAUUGGCAGUAAAUUUGGAACAUGAAAAAACAUACUGUCUCUAUCGUUUGAACAAAUCCUCCGAGGCGUCGAAAGUGACAGACAGUGUGCAAAAUCCAUCUCUGAAAGAUAAGGAAUUGAAAGCUCAGAUACUGUAUCGUUCUGGGGAAUAUGAACAAUGUUAUGACAUAUACAGAGACAUAUUUAAAAAUUAUAAUGAUGAAUAUGAAGAGGAACGAGAAACGAAUCUUUCAGCUGUUCUUGCUAAUUUAGCAAUUGAGGGUUGUAAUCUGGAAGUUCCUUCGUUACGUGAACACACGUACGAAUUGAUCUACAACGUGGCGUGCCGUUUGCUCGCGCAGGGAAUUCAUACUCACAAAACUAUCCUAGCAGAAGCGGAAAAGAAACUGAGAACCGCUGAAAAAAUGUGUAAGGAGGGUUUGGAGGAAGACGGAGCGUCCGAGGAGGAGAUAGAAAACGAAUUGGGUAUAAUCCGAGUGCAGCUUGGUUAUUGUUUGCAAUUGCAAGGUCGGGAUAAAGAAGCGCAGGCGUUGUACACCAAUGUUCUGAAGGCGAAGCCUGACGACAUCGCGUUAAUUGCCGUGGCGAACAAUAAUCUAGUAUGUCUGAACAAAGACCAAAAUGUUUUCGACAGCAAAAGGAGAAUGAAAACCGCUACCCACGAAAGUCUAGAACACAAAUUAACUUCCAGACAAAGAAAAAAUAUCGCGUACAAUCAGUGUUUAUUAGCACUUUACACCGAUCAGGGGGAACAAUGUCACCAACUGUGCAAUAAUCUCGCGAAAGAUUAUCCUUCGCUUGAGGCAGAUGCAAUGUUUAUAAAAGCUGUACAGCUUAGUAAGGAAGGUAAACCGAAAGAAGCUGCGAAACUAUUGACCGAACACGCGGUUGGCGAUUACGAGUUGCCUAUGAAACUUGCUAGCGUGCAAAUACUCUUGAGCCAUGACGAAAGGAAAGACGCGAUCGAUAUUCUCGAGAAUUUGAACGAAAAGGACAGAUCGCUGCCUGGAAUAGUGAGCGCACUCGUAACGCUGCAUAUGGCCGAUGACGAUCGAGAAAAGGCAUCGACCGCUCUGAAGAAUGCAGUUGCCUACUACAAGAAAAAUAAAGGAACUACCGAGAAUCUUGGAGAAUUAUGGCGACAAGCCGCGAACUUUUAUCUGCGCGGUGGAGAACUCGAAAUUGCUACUGACAUUCUGCAAGAAUUGGUGGAUUCCUCGCCGUCCGAUGUCAAGACCUUGGCUCAGCUGGUAGUCGCUUACGUAGAGUUUUGCCCCGAGAAAGCGAAAGCGUUAGCAAAAAGAUUACCGCCGCUUCACGAUCUCGCUGAAAAUAUUGACGUUGACGCACUGGAGAACAGCAGUUGGGUUAUCGGAGCUAAAACAGCAAAGAAAAAAAUUGAACCUUCUCCCGGUAAAUUAGCGUCGGAAGUGAGUAAAAAGAAGCAGAAGAAACGUAAACGCAAAGGCAAACUCCCGAAGAAUUACGAUCCGAACGUACCGCCGGAUCCGGAGCGAUGGUUGCCGAGACACGAACGUAGCGGAUUCCGUAAGAAACGGGACAGAAGAAACAGAGACGCCACUCUAAAGGGAACACAAGGAGCUGCUGCGGGAGCUAGUGAUCUUUAUGAUAUCACUAAAAUGAGCACGAAACCUUCUCCGAAUCCUCGUCAUAGUCCCGCGGUGGAAACUUCCGGACCACGCCAGCAACAACGAAAGGUUCAACAGAAGAAGAAGAAGAAGGGUAGCAAGUGGUAACGACUUCGGUUUUCAUUCCAUUAAAUGCACGUUCUCUUCUCUUUUGAUAUACAAAUUAGAUUGCAUACUACGUAGUACAUAUUGCGCCUAGUCGAGCAAAAAAAAACCACGUCGAGAAACAAACUAAAAAAAUAAUUGGAUUUGCUACUAUGUAGCUGUAUUUUGUGAAACGCAAUACUGCCAUAAGUACUAAAAUAUAAUAAUAUAUAAUAAAAAAUAUAAUAUAACACAUUUUACGUGUUAACCAAACUUAUGGUUAAUUUUCAUUUGUUUAAUUUCUCUGUACGCCUGCAUGUAAAUUGAUCUUAUCUCAAUUCUUUUUCCUUUGUCAUAUUUUAAGAUUUCUUUUUUUAUACUUCAUCACAAACUCACUGGCAAUUCGUUGAAAAAAUAACUGAAAAAGAUACUUAUACAGACAAUUUAUAAGCAAAGACAGGUGAUUAUGGUGUAGAAAAUA